UCGCUUGUAAACAAAUUUCUUGGCAGCGGUUCAAGUGAAAAUUUAACAAAUGCUGUUGCAAAGCUGAGACGCUAACAAAACAAAAUGGACAACAACAAGAAAGACAUCUACAAUCUUUGGGUGCAAUACACAACAAAGAAUGACGAGACAUAUUUUCGUGAGUUUGUCUCGCGUUUUGUGAACAUUUGGCGUAGUCAACUGCAGCUGGACUUUCAAUCAGCUGAAUGUCCGCUGUGGCACGAGGUGCAACCAGAUAAUGGACCACAUCUUGGACGGUUGCCGGAUGAGCUGCUGCCGGCCAUUGGCAAGUUUCUGAUUGUGGCACGCGAUGCCAGCGAUAUGAACACACUCGAAGAGGAGGGCAUUGAGGAGGUGGCCAUAUUGGUUGACUGUUUGGUAAUUGUCUGUCGGCACUUUGACAACAUAUUAGCCAUCAUCAAGUACGAGUACAAGCCCAAUCUAAUCGCCAUACUAACCAAGGUGUUCACGCAACAAAUGGAGCAGCGACGCGCAUCGGCUGCAAUGAUUCAUUUGUGUGGCAGUUUCUCGUCAUUUCUGGAGGUCAUGUACGAUCCGUAUCUAACAUGGCGCAGCUUUCUGCGUGGCCAAAUAGCAGAUUACACACGGCUGCCGUACAAGCCGCACUCGGUGCAUGUGGAGAUCGUUCCCUUUAUCUAUGAUUGUUUCCAGAACGAAGAACUGCUCCGGUUCCCAGAUAUCGGCGAGAGACUGCUCCAUGUGCUGGGCGCCAUUAUCUGCGGCUCUCAGAAAACUUUAAACUCGAACUCAACAACAACAACAACCACAACAACAACAAAUAGAAAUACUAACGCUCUAAUUACUACAAACGCCCCCCGCUCGGGUGAUGGGCAACUACUUCUAAACUGUGAUAACUUGCGCAAUGGCAUGAGAGCCAUUUGCCCGGCAACGGUUUCCAUUAUCAUGCGCAUCCUGCAACGCUGGGAGAGCGCCAACACUUUGCGUCGUGUUGCACUCAAUUGUUACGCGCUGAUGGUCAUUGUACUUCAGAAAUCUAGUCCAGAAGAACGCCAAAUAGAUCUAGUUACGUUAAUACAACUCUAUUGUGAUGCACUGCAGCUGCUGCUGGCGACCAAGCACUUUGACAGCGGAGUCGCUAGCUUCGAUAUAACCAGCGACAGCGAUAGCGAUGUUGCCAUCGAUAUGAAUGCGCUCUCCGCCAGCGUGGCAGCGAUUCAACUCUUUCUGCCGGCCAUUGGCAAUGGGGCAUCGGCUGUCUGUGAGGCCAUUAGCGAAACCAAUCUACUGGAGCUGCUCAUUGGACUGCCGCAGAGUAUUAAGCAUUGGCACGUUUCGCAUACGAGUGCUCUGAUCAGCAACAUGGAUGCACUAGCUGCACUGACGCACAGCUCGCCACGCAGCGCGGAUCAUUUACGGCAAGCUGGACGCAUUGACAGACUCUUCAGCAGUAUGCGUGAAUUUGAAAUGCCCUCAGCUGCUUUACUGGAAUCUUGCUUCAGUUUGGGCUACAUCGCCGAGCAGCGUGUGCUUGUGCUGCCCGAGGUGAUGCUGCAGUUGGUGGAGUGGCUGCCCCAACUGCAGGAAACAGAGCAACUGCACGUUAGCGCAAUGCUACUCAAGGGCUGCACAGACAAUUUUGGCACUAAAACUGUUAGCUGUCGCAGUCGCGUUGUGAAGGCCGUCUGUGCUUGUCUGCUGCGCGGAGGAGAUGCUCUGGCUGAGACCUGUGCCCAGAAUCUAAUCAAGCUGAUCGAAGAGUUGAGCAAGUUGAGCAUUGUCCCAGUGGAGCUUAAGUCCAUAUUUGCGCUACUGCGACCGGGUACGCAAUUUGCCCAGCUUAAACAGCUGCAACAGACACUCGUCGUGAUUGCGCUGCAGAGUCUGCGUGGCAGCGCCUGUUGUGCCGAGUAUUUUGCCAUCGAGCAGCCGACGGAUGGCAUCACAGUGCCCGACAUCAAGAACUGGACACUCUCCGGCUCAUAUGGUUUCAUUUUUCACAUGCUCGUCCGUUUUACCACUACCACUUCGGAUCCGUCGCAGUCGAAUGUACGACGCAUGCUGCUCACUCUGCAAACGGCCAGCGGCGGUGGCUUCGAGGUUUUCGUGCAGCCCAAUGGCAACGUUGUCGUUGCAGCUCUGACUCGUCGCGAAUACCUCACGUCGGCAACGGCAACGAAAACUCUGUUGGAUGGCCAGUGGCACUAUCUCACCGUGGCCAUAACGCCGCCAAAACGACCCUUCUCCUACAGCCAGAUCAACAUCUUUGUGGAUUUUGUGCAGAAACUCAGCGCCACACUCAAAGUGCAAGCCGUCAACGAAUCGUUUACAGUGUGCAGCAUUGGUGCUGUGGUGGCGCCACAACCAAAGCAGAGCGACGUCGCCAAAGGUGGCUCUUUGCCGCGCUCCAGCUCACAGGAGAGCGGACCCGCCUUCAAGAGCAUGCUGCCCAGUCUGCUGGAGAGGACCUUGUCAGCAAAUGUCUCCAACUAUUUUACGCUGCCGCUGCGCACUCAAACGGCCUUCGAUCCGAAUGUGAAGAACUUUCCCAUUGGCAUGCAGGACACAGUGUUUGGGGAGCAGACGUGCCUUCGUGGCCACGUGGGUGGUGUGCUGCUGGCGGAUCCAACGACCAGCCUGAAAACGAUCUUUGAUGCGGGCAUGAACUUUAGUUCGAUCUUCUCGCAGGACAACGAUUUGCUCGAGUUGAAUUCCCGUUUCGUUUUCUGCUAUGCGCCCGGUGCUGUUUGGCAUGGCAGUUGCCAGGAUUUGAUACCAGGCGGUCGGUAUCCGGGACGCAUUAGUGCACAGCACUGCAAGACUGUCAAGAUGCAGGAUACGAUCAAUAGCAUUGGAGGAAUCAAUGCCAUACUGCCCAUGCUGCAUCGAUUGAUCAGGGAGCAGGGCGAUGCGGAUGUUUCCAUUGGCAGCAGUUACAGUGAUGAUUCUGCUCCUGCAUCUCUGAAAACUCCAACAGCUGAAGAGUUGACGGAUUGGGAAAUGCUCUCCUCCAAUUCGUAUACGGAGUGGAAGAUGAUCCAACAUCCGUUGGCCAGUCUGCUGUGUCUCCUCCGAUAUCUCACCCACGACCACGAGAACAAUCAGCAACAGCUGCUCACCAGCGAAUGUUUGGCUAUUAUUGGCACCAUGCUCCAACGUUGUCCAUCCGCUCUGUUCGAUGUCAACGCCCUGAUGGCCACACAUUUGCUGAUGGAGUCCUUGCAGGCACACAAAUCCACACCGGGAAGCAAUUCACAACUGUUGGAUGCACUCUACGAGCACAUUGUCUUUGACUUUGCCAUUUGGUCGCGUUUGCAGUUUCAAAUAACGCUCGGACAUGCUCAAUAUCUGAGUGCAAUGAUCAAGAAUGAUCGGAAAUACUUUCGACGACGCUAUGGCGUCCAGUUCAUGUUGGAUGUGGUGCGUCAGUAUUACAGCACACCGGAUAAUAUCUGCAGCGAUGAUGCAAGAACCAUUCGUGCCACACUCUUUAGCAUUGUGCGUUUCUACCUGCAAAAGGAUGUCAACAUCAAGGAGGUGAAUGCUCUGAUUGCAUGUUUGGCAUCGGUACGACAGGAGCUCGUUCUCAUCGAUCUGCUCGAGAUGUUGACCUUCUAUGUGCGUGGCAAGAACUGCAAGGAUCAGAUGGUUUUGCUGCUCCACGAACCACAGAGCGCCAAUCUCAUCUACAACUUCUUCGUGGACAAGAGUUACAGCAGCGAAGUCCAAGAGGCUGCCAUUCGCUUCAUCAGCGGUUUGCUGGCCACGUCGCGUGUGCAUCACAAGUAUAAGCAGGUGCUCCGGCUGUACGAUCAGAGCAGCGAGCAGAGCAUGUUCCCCGGUUUCUUUAGCUUUAUAACCCCCAUGUCGCUGAGUUCAACUAUAUUGUUUCAUCUGGUGGAUGAGAUGCUGAGCGCACAGCCCGACUAUGGCGGACUCAUGUUUGUCGUCUAUCAUGUGAGCAGCUGUGAUCUGCAAGUGAAACUGGAGAUAGCGAAGCGUCUGCUCCAGACCACCUUUGUCAAGCAACACUCGACGGCGGCGAUUGCCAAGCAGACGGGCUGGCAGGAGUCCAUAGCAAGACUGCUGAUCCGCAAGCCGAUUACGUGUGUGUCACCGGUGGAGGAGCGCAGGCGCAGCUUUGGUAUCAACAUGGAUGUGCUCCUGGAGGAUAAUUCCAGUUUUCUGGCUCAGGCCGAUCUAAUAACGUUCUCUGAGCAGGAAAUCGGACUCGCACAACUGCAACAGCAGCAGGCUCAGCAAGAUGAGCAAAGUGAAAGCGGCCUCAUCCUCAACGAGAUUCAGGCGAGCGUCUCCGAAGCCGCAACGGUUAUUGAAAGCGAGAUUAAAGAAUUAGCGGAAUCUGUUUCCGGCGCCGUUGUGGAGAAUGUGAAUAGCGUCUUCUCGGUUUUACGGCAGACAACGCACGAUAUUCAGGACACCUUCGAGUCGCUAACCCUUGGCAGCGCCACGGAAACGGAUAGCACACCAAGUGCUUCACUGCAGCGCGAGGAAUCGCUGAGCUCGGAAAGCUCCACGCAAUCGCCACAUGGCACGGCCAAGAAGAGUGACUCUUUGGAGAGCAACUCGGCUUUUGAUUUUAUGGCUGAGGGCGAUGUGGACAGCGAGGAGCAGCUGGUUUAUCUGGUCUCCAAUACGCUCUUCAACGUUUUCUGGCGUGGCAUUGGCAACGAUCAUCCGCAUUGUUGGCAGGAGCGUGGCCAGGUCCUUGGCUGCAUCAAUCUGCUGGCGUUGAACAAUGAGCUGAUUACCUCGCAUCUAUCGCUGCGUCUGCGCAUUCUGGAAAUGGCGGUGCAGGCAUCGCUCUUCGAUCUCUCCGAGCAUGGCAGUCAAACGCUCAUCAAUCAGGAGAACGCCUCGCACAUUUUGCGCAUGGUUUACGAGCUGGUGGUGCUGGGCUCAAAUGAAGAUGAGUCCAAGAAGUGCUCCACGAAGUUGCUGGACGGUGUCCUCGCCCUGCUCGAUGCUCUGAUGAUAUUCCAGCACGGCUCCUCGGACGAUUGGUCGGAUAUGAUACGCUUGUGCUUGGGUCUCUUGCUCAAGUGCUCGCAUCACCCGAAUCCUGGCAUUGUGGCCAUGGCCACCGCUAAACUGCAUGCCAUACUACAAAGUCGAUCCACCGAGGAUCCUGCUGAGCUUUCCUACUUGCUCUACAGCAUUAACAGAGCGCUCGACAAUGCCAUCGAAGUUGGUAAUCCGGAGGAAUAUUCGUUUCUAAUGCCCGUGAUGAAGGCGUUGCUGGAGAAAUGCCGCUUCGCCUUCAACUUGGACUCCACGUUGCCCGAUCUGCCAUCGACCUCGUCGGGUCCGGUAUUCUUCAAUGACUUCCAAAUGUACAGCACCAGCAAAAAGUGGCGCAACUUUAUGGAACGUAUGGUAAAGCCACUUUAUGAUCGCUAUCAGCGCGAAAUUGAGCUGAAUCUGUGGGAGCCGAUCAAUCGCUUCUGGGCCGAGUGCUACGAGGCAUGCAAGGGGGCGUCGAAGCAGCGUGCCAGCUUUCAAGCGACGAAUCGUCGAGUGUUCCAACAAAAGAUCUAUAUGCCGUGGAAGGUGCGGCAGGUGGAGGAGAUGCAGCGACUCCAAAAUGCGGCACUGCAACACAAAACGAACGACAGUCACAUACGGAAGAGAUGGAAGGCCGCCAAGCGUUUCUUGUACGGCCCUCGGGGACCCUGGUUUACCGGAGAGCUGGCCGAGGAGUUUUGGAAGUUGUCGCCACACGAGAAUGUGGCUCGCAUGCGUCUCAAGCUGGAGCCACAGCUGUAUCCCAACAAGCACGAGAAUGCCGCCAAUCUGCGUGAUAAUGCGACCAAUGCCUACGACACAAAAGAAAUAUCCGAAUUUGAUUCAACCAUUAAGAAUGCUGUGGUGCGCGACUUCCUAGCCGAUGAUGAGAGCUCGCAGCUGGAGGAGGAGCUGCGUCAGUUGAUUGAUACGCAGUCGCAGCAGGACGCAGCAUUGGAGAAGCUAGUCAUGUCGCAGGACUGUGAGCUGAUAACGCUAAUGACCAAGGUCAAGGGUCGCAUUGAGGUCAAUCAAAGUGUGUUUACCUUUGUGGAUCUGAGUCCAGCCUCCGAGGAUGGCUCCAAGCAUGAUUUCAGAUUUUCAAUCAACAAAAUUCGGGAGGUUCAUCUGCGCAAAUAUAAUCUGAGACGCAGCGCUCUGGAGAUCUUUCUGAUAGAUCAGACCAGUUACUUUCUCAACUUUACGACCAAGACGCGCAACAAGGUAUUCACCAAAAUCGUCGGUCUUCCCUUACCAAAUAUUCUGUAUGGAUCCGGUCGCUCGCCACCCGAGUUGUUGAGGGCUUCUGGUCUUACCCAGCGUUGGGUCAAUCGUGAAAUAUCCAAUUUUGAGUACUUGAUGUACCUAAACACCAUAGCUGGCCGCUCGUACAACGAUCUUAGCCAGUAUCCCGUCUUCCCGUGGAUCCUAGCUGACUACACCAGUGACGUGCUGGAUCUAACCGAUCCUCGUUCAUUUCGUGACUUGUCCAAGCCAAUUGGAUGCAUCAAUCCCAAGAACGAAGCUGAGGUGCGCAGCAAAUACGACUCCUUUGAGGAUCCGUCGGGUGCCAUACCAAAGUUCCACUAUGGAACACACUACUCAAACUCUGCCGGCGUGCUGCACUAUCUGCUGCGCGUUGAACCCUUCACAUCGCUCCAUGUGGACCUGCAAAGUGGCCGUUUCGAUGUGGCCGAUCGACAAUUUCACUCCAUACCGCAAACGUGGAAGCUACUAAUGGACAAUCCCAAUGAUGUCAAGGAGCUGAUACCCGAGUUUUUCUACUUUCCCGAGUUUUUGAAGAAUAUGAACAAAUUCGAUUUGGGUCACUUGCAAAUCACCAAGGAGAAGGUUGACGAUGUCAUUUUGCCUGCCUGGGCUACCAGUCCGGAGGAGUUCAUUGCCAUACAUCGUCGUGCACUGGAGUCCGAAUAUGUUAGCCAGCAUCUGCAUCAGUGGAUCGACCUCAUCUUUGGCUAUAAGCAGAAGGGUUCCCGCGCAGUGGAGGCCCUAAAUGUUUUCUACUAUUGCUCCUAUGAGGGUGCCGUGGAUCUGGACAAAAUCACCAAUACCAUUGAACGGGAGGCUGUUGAGGGCAUGAUCAAUAACUUUGGCCAGGUGCCGUCACAACUGAUGCGGGAGCCACAUCCUCGUCGACUCACCCAAGAUGAGACUGCAUUGAAACUAGUCCGCGCCGAGUUGCGACGACCCGAUUUUACCCAGUUCCUGGACAAGGUGGUGCAGUACUAUUGCGAACUGUCCACGCCCAAGGAUCCCAUUGUGUACCUGAGUCCGCCACGCAGUCCGCCGCGCUCCUUCCUACAGCUGAGUCCCGAUGUGCUCGUCAGCGUGUCGAAAGGCUGCAUAUUGGGCUGCAACUCGUGGAUGUCGUUUGACAAGGAGCAAGGAUUUCUGCUCGAAAUCGAUGCGACCACAACGAAUCUGAAAAACCGUAAGCGUGUCUUUGGGCCGUUUCACUCCUCGCUGCCGCCGCACUCGCAGAACUUUGCCGUCAGCACCGAUGGCAAAUUGCUGUAUGCCGGUGGUAUUUGGGAUAAUGCGUUGCGUGUCUACAAUCUGAACAAGGGCAAAUCGGUGGCUUCGGUUACCCGCCAUCUGGAUAUCAUAACCUGCCUGGCGCUGGAUAAUUGUGGCUCCUAUCUGGUGACAGGGUCGCGUGACUGCACCUGCAUUGUGUGGAGCAUACAGAGCAAUCAGCAGGGCGGCUCGGCAACCAGCAACAUUCCAGUGCACGCUCUGACAGGACAAUCACAUCUGCAGGCCAUCACUCAGCUGAAUACACAGAAUAGCUACUCACCGAAGCCCCUAACCGUGCUCUAUGGCCACGAUGAUGCGGUGGCCAGUGUCGCUAUCUAUACGGAGCUGGAUCUCGUUGUGUCGGGUUCACUGGAUGGCACUGUUAAUGUUUACACCCUGCAAGAGGGUCAAUUUGUGCGCACCUUGAAGCCCAUCGGCUGCACUGAGUCCUGUGUGCAAAUCUCCUUUGUCACCGUUUCAUAUCAUGGUCACAUUGCAUUCAGCGCCUUGGACGACACAUCGCAUUCGGUGCACGUGUAUAGCAUCAAUGGGGCCAGUCUGGGCUCCAAAUAUGUCUCGGGACGUGUGACAGGACUCGUCUGUGCCUCGGAUUAUCUAGUGGUUGCUGAUGAUGCCGGGGACAUAACCAUGAGUCGUCUACACGGACUGAAGCCCGUCUUUGACAUUCCGUUACAUGUGCCCAUACAAACCGUGGUUGUUACACCGGGCAAUACGCAUAUCCUGGCACCAUUGCGUGAUGGACGCCUCGCUGUGGUUGCCGUCCAGCUGCCCACUGGCAACACCAAGAAGCAUUCCGUGCUGAAUGUCUAAGAAGCCGGCGAGAAGCCUCCCAAGUCUCACUCGGCGGGAACGUCAAUUCCUUCGCUUUCCUUUUAAAUAUUGAACCGAGAAUAACAAGAAUCACUUUUGUCCAGUUUUUAGCAUUGUUUAUUGGAGAAUCCCUAGCAAUAUUUUCUUGAUUCGCUUUGUGCAUUGUCGUAUUUGUUUUAUAUAUAUUUAAAUAUGUAUUUAUUUAUUUUUCAUGUCGUUACGUGCCAAAAAGAAAAAAAAAAACACAAAUGGCCAAAAAAAAAAGCAGGCCAAACAUUUUGAGUAGUA